AUGUCUAGCGAUUUUCUGACGAAAGGAAUUGACCUAGUCCAGAAGGCAAUCGAGGCAGACACCGGGUCCAAGUACGAGGAGGCGUACAAGCUCUAUUUCAAUGGGCUGGACUACCUGAUGCUGGCGAUCAAAUACGAGAAGAAUGAGAAAUCAAAAGAUCUGAUUCGUGGAAAGUUUACCGAGUAUUUGACGAGGGCAGAGCAGCUGAAGGAGCAUCUUGACAAGAAACAGCAGUCUUCGCAGACAGGCGAAUCCAGUUCAACUAGUGGCUCUGUCAAGGCAAAGAAAGCCGGUGAUGGCGCUGGUAAUGGCGAUGAUGAUGAUGCAGAGACAAAAAAGCUGCGUGGAGCCCUCUCGAACUCGAUUCUUUCGGAAAAACCCAACGUGAAAUGGGAGGAUAUAGCUGGAUUGGAACUAGCAAAAGAUGCACUUAAAGAGGCGGUAAUCCUUCCGGUCCGUUUCCCUCAUCUUUUCACUGGAAAGAGAAAACCGCUCAGCGGAAUCUUGCUGUAUGGCCCACCAGGAACGGGAAAGUCUUUUCUGGCCAAGGCAGUUGCGACCGAGGCCAACUCCACAUUCUUCUCGGUAUCUUCGUCUGAUCUGGUUUCCAAGUGGAUGGGAGAGUCCGAGAGAUUGGUGAAGCAGCUUUUCCAGAUGGCACGUGAGAACAAGCCUUCGAUCAUUUUCAUCGAUGAGGUGGACGCUCUGUGCGGUCCCCGUGGCGAAGGUGAAAGCGAGGCUUCUCGUAGAAUCAAGACUGAGCUGCUCGUUCAAAUGAACGGGGUGGGAAAUGAUGCCAGUGGUGUUCUCGUUCUCGGAGCAACCAAUAUCCCAUGGCAGCUCGACGCGGCAAUCCGCAGGCGGUUCGAGCGGCGAAUCUACAUUGCGCUGCCAGAUGCGGAAGCGCGAACCGAGAUGUUCAAGCUCAAUAUUGACGACACUCCUUGCCAGCUUGACCAGCAUGACUACAAGGUACUUGCGGAGAUGACGGAUGGUUAUUCGGGGCAUGACGUUGCUGUUGUCGUGCGGGACGCGUUGAUGCAGCCGAUCCGUAAGAUCCAAAGUGCGACUCAUUUCCGCCCAGUUUUGGGCCAAGAUCCAGAAACAGGCGAAGAGCUGACUCAGUACACGCCGUGUUCGCCCGGAGAUGAGGAGGCAAAGGAGAUGAACUGGCUCGAGCUGGAGGGAAACCAGUUGAAAGAACCCGAACUCACAAUUAAGGAUUUCAUCAAGGCAAUCAAGACGAAUAGGCCCACGGUUAACCAGGCCGAUCUUGACAAAUUUGUCGAGUUCACGAAUGACUUUGGUUCUGAGGGAAGCUGA